AUGGAGGUGGUGAUCAAAGACAUCAAACUGUGCAUCUUCAUGCAGGCGGCCGACAAGUUCCAGUGCAACCCAGGCAAUUUCCCCAGAGCAGGCAUUUGUUUGCUGGGACUUGUUUGGGAGGCACCUGCUUUCUGCCAUGUGAUUAAAACCGAGCAGGCGGUGCUGGAGGAGCAACUGGCGGCGCAGGCGGAGGCUGUGGAGUGCGUGUGGCUGGAUCUCUGCUUCUGGCCCGGCUGGCGGAACGAGAUCUCUGCUCACCAACAUUUCGAGAAGGUAUCUCUCCGCAAAGUUCGCACUGCGCGACGCGUUUUGCGUUGUGCGGAUGCAGUGACCAUGACAAGGUGUGGUUUUCCUGCUCUGUCAUGGGCCCUUCUGCUGGUGCUAGGUUCAUUGAAUAUUGAUGCCGUGAAAGUGCAACAGGAGGUUUCCUUCGCAUCGCGUCGAAAUCCCAUUGCGAAAGUCACAGCAAUGCUGGAAUCAUUGGAAAAAAAGGUUCGUAGCGAAGGGGAUGAGAAGAAGAAAGUCUACGACAAGUACAUGUGUUACUGCAAGGACACCAGCGAGUCUUUGAAUCUUCAGUUGGCAGAGGCUGCGAAGUCCUUGCCGCAACUGCGUUCCCAAGCGCAAGAGGUUUCUGCCCUACAAAUUUCUUUGGAGAGCGAGAUUGGGCAACACAAGAAGGACCGGGACGAAGCAAAGAGUGCGAUCAGCAGUGCAGCAGAGAUUCGCAAGAAGGAGGCAGAUGCAUUUCUGAAGGACUCCCAGAGUCAGCAGGAAUCGGUGGAUUCUCUGACAGCAGCAAUUCAGGCGCUCCAGCAGAAUCGUGCGGCAUCCUUUCUUCAAACCACCGGGGCUGUGGUGCUUCGGAGGCGAAGCACCCAAUGCACCAGCGAACAGCUGCAAAACUGCUGGGGGAUCAUAUCCAUCAAUGGGCUGUCCUGGUUGGACAUGACCACCCGAAAUCGCGACCUUUUGGCAUCCUUUCUAUCGUCCGGUGUGCCCAGUGAUCAAGUGCUUGGAAUGCUGAAGCAGAUGAAGGAGGAUAUGGGUAGCGACCUGGAAGAUAUGAAGAGCACUGAGAAGAAGCGCCUAGCAGAGCAUGCAAGCUUGAUGGAAGCCAAGCGAAAGCAACAGGAGGUGGCCAUGAAAGCCAUGGAAGAAAAGAUGCUGCGUCUGGGUGAGCUGAAGGUGGAACAGCAGGUGCUUCAGGACGACUUGAAGGACCAGACAGAAGCUCAAAAGGAAAACAGCGAAUUCGCCACAGCCUUGAAGAAGACCUGUGAAGAGAAGGAGAAGGCUUGGAGCCAGUACCAGGCCUCUCAGGCGGAAGAGCUCCAAGCACUCACAGAGACGGUGGAUUUCCUAAGCAAAGACCAGGUGCGCGACACCAUCCGGGAUGCCACCUCCACAGCGCUGCUAUCAACACGAGCCAGGACCUCUGUAGAUGGCCUUUCGCCAGUUCCAGCUGCCCUCAGCUUCAUGCAGGUCUCUGAAUCACAGGCCAUCGGUGACUCCUUGGAGCAAGCCUUGCGUGGACAAGGUGGUCGCGGCAUGGGGGAUGUGCUCCGACACAUCGAUGACCUCCAUGACGUGCUGGACCAGGAGCAAGCCUCCGAUGAGGACCGCCAGAAGUAUUGCGAGACCAAGCUUCGUCAGGCUACAGCUGCUAAGAGCAACAAGCAGCGAGAGGCUGAGGAUGCCAAAAGCAUCAUUGCCACUUACCAGAACGAGCUGGACACCGUGGUGGGGCAGAUUGGUAGCCUGAAGGCUCGAAUGGAGGACUUGGACAAGCAGGUGGCGAAGACCACCAGUGCGCGGCAAGCCGAACGAACAGCCUUUGAAAAGUCCCGAGACACCAACCACGCCGCCCUGGAGCUUCUGGCAGUGGCUGAGAAACGCUUGGAGAGGUUCUAUGCUACGUCCCUGGUCCAAGCAUCUGAUAAGGCGCUUGGCCAAGUUGCUUCUGCUCAAGACACUUCGUCAUCCUUGGCAGCCUCAAGGUCGAGAAGCCCACCGCCCACGGCGGACUUGUCCUACCAAACACAAGGUGGUGGAGCUACUCGGGUGCUGCAACUCUUCAACACCAUCAAGGCGGAUGUUCAGAAGCAGAACGCGAUGCUGGAAUCAGAGGAUGCUAUCGGACAAUCGGAGUAUGAGAACCUGGUGAAGAACAGCAACGAGAAGAAGAUGGCGGACAACCGCAGUCUGGGAAGUAAAGAGGCCGCCAAAGCUGAGCUGGAAGCUGAUCUCCAGCGCAGUCGCCAGGGACUUCGGUCGUUGAACGAGGUUCUGACGGCACUAGACGAGGAGAUCCGCACGUUACACAAGCAGUGCGACUUUCUGCUGAAGAAUUUUGACCUGCGUGAAGAUGCCCGAAGGGCUGAGAAGCGCUCCCUGACCAGGGCCAAAGCGGUUCUGGAAGCGGCCGCAUGAUGGCAGCUCGCUGGGGAACUGCGGCGUGCGUUGUUA